AUGGUCCUGCUAGUCCUCCUGGCCUGGCUCUUGCCCUGGCUUUGCCGGACGGUUGCGGCUCUGCUGCCUGGUUCCCCCUGCGAGCCGGUGCGCAUCCAGAUGUGCCGCUAUAUGCCCUGGAACAUGACGCGGAUGCCUAAUCACUUGCACCACAGCACCCAGGAGAACGCAGUCCUCGCCAUCGAGCAGUACCAGGAGCUGGUAGACUUCGGCUGCAGCCCGGUGCUUAGCUUCUUUCUAUGCGCUAUGUUCGCCCCCAUUUGCACCGUGGAAUUUCUCCACGACCCCAUCAAGCCCUGCAAGUCUCUGUGCCAGCGAGCCCGCGACGGCUGUGAGCCCCUGAUGAAGAGAUACAACCACAGCUGGCCCGAGGGCUUAUCCUGCGAGGAAUUGCCUGUCUAUGAUCGGGGCGUGUGCAUAGCCCCAGAGGCCAUCGUUACGGAUCUCCCGGCAGAGGAGGUGAAGUGGAUUGACUUUUCGGAAGACGUGAUGCUCCACGAGAAGCCGAUGCUCCCAGAGUGCAAGGUGUCCAAUCGCUGCAAAUGCAAGAAAAUAAAACCCACGCUGGCUAUUUACCUGAACAAAAACUACAGCUAUGUUAUUCAUGCUAAAAUAAAGAGUGUGGAGAGAAGAAGUUGCAAUGAAAUAACCACAAUGGUUGAUGUGAAAAAUGUGUUGAAAUCUUUGACUCCAGUUCCUCGUGCUCUAAUUCCUCUGUAUACUAAUUCUUCUUGCCAGUGUCCACCUCUUCUUCCAAAUCAAGUUGUACUCAUUAUGUGCUAUGAAUGGCACACCAGGUUGAUGCUUCUUGAUGAGUGCUCAGUGGAAAAGUGGAAGGAUCCAUUAAGCAAAAGGUUUCAGCGAUGGGAACAGAGACUCCAAGAACAGAAACUACAAGCAGCCUCUAAUAGAAAGCUGAAUUCCAGAAACUCUGGUCACAUUGGGAUACCAAAACAAAACUUAAAGAAAAGCAAUCCUGUGCUCACCAGUUCCAAGAAGACUAAUAAGCUCAGAAAUCGCCAGAAAGAAAUUAAUUCUAAAAAAAUAUGAGUUCCACCUUUUUUUUUCCUGGAGCAAAGCCAACAAGCUGGCCUGAAAGGCAUAUGAUUUGCUGAACUCCGUAACCUAAACAUUUCAUUUUUAUUUUGUAAAAUAAAUAAAAGCACAUACAGUUUUGCACUAAACUGAGAGAGUUGAUUAUGCAGCCUACAUUUAGCAUUGCAAAUCAUAGCUGAUCAACAAGUGUAUAGGUUAGUAGCUCUUUGAUUUAAAUAUGCCAAUGUGCUUCUAGUAUUAAGAGUAGUUUUGCCAUAGCAGAAAAGCAGUAUCUUAUUUUGGCAUUUAUCUAGGAUUUUAUGAUAAUGCUAGCAAAAAGAGAGUCUUUGUCUAGUAUCUUGAAAUUUGCAGAGUAUAGGAAUGAGAUGCCAUGCAUUGCUUGCAUGCUUCAUCCUACCUUCAUUGCACAGGAAAAAUACAAUACCAUGGCUUUAUUAUCAAAAAUGCAUAAGCAACAUCACUGGGUCAUUGAGUUAUAUGCAGAUUUCUGUGGCAAAAAUAUGUAAUGCUGCUAUCCUAAAUAUACUUACAAAGGAAUAAGGCAUACUGAAUGUAAGGGGGUUUGUUUUUAAGUAUAUAUAUAGGACUGCCAGUAUAAAGCAUGCUCUAUUUUUUUUUUACUUCAACUCUGGUUUUGUUUAUAAGUAUUCAUUGUUAUAGUAUAUUGUUAUACUUUAACAUUUACAAAAAGCUAUUCAUUCAAGAAUCUACAAAAAAACUGAAAACUUGAACUUGUCACUUAUAGAUUUAUUAAGAAUGAGUAUUAAAACAAAAACUUUGCUAAUUAAAAACAUAAAGGCUAAUUCACAACUAUGUCUCAACAUUUUUUAAUAAAAAUGUGAAGGCAUCUCUGAAAUUAAUUUAGCAAAGGUGAAACAUUAUAAUAUCAAAUUUAUCUUAACUUACCCUCCUCUACAGGUUUCACAACAAUAACAUGUAGAUAUUGAUUCUCUUUCAUGUUUGGGAUGUCCCGUUCAUUUUACUGGGGAGCACUUUUUAGCAAGCAUAUUCUGUUUUAUGUAUGGAAUGGAUUUUUCAAGUGAACAAGAUGAAACUUUAAAAAUGGAAGAAAUACUUUCAUCUCCCAAAUUCCCAUCUCCUAAAUUAAAUUGGAUUAGGGCAAUUGACUACAGUGCAGAAAAGCAUGCAGUAAUAUCUAUAGUAUAGGAUGUUUUUGAAUACCCAUUGUACUAUAUCUCAAGCUGAUACUAAUUCCCAUCCAGCUUAUUUGGGGUAAUAGUAUUUGAAUGCAAUUCUGCCUGUUGAACAAAUGAUUUAGUUGCUAAGAAUCACACAGUCUUAAUAUUAAUUGAAGAAUGGCAUAUGUGAAGGAUCUUUGCUUCCCAUGGCUUCUGCUGUACAUAUAGUUUUCCAAAAUAUAACUACAUAUUUACUGUAUUUUUCUGAUACUACAUUAAGGAUGAAAUUCAAAGUGACUCACUUGCAUAUAUUUGAGCUUUUAUUAAGAGUGUAAUAAAUGUGCUUCAUAGAAGAAUGCCAAUUAAGAAUCCAUAAUAGGAUUGCUGGCAAGUUCAGAAAUGAACUUUUCCUCAUUGAAAAUUCUGUACAAUAAAUUUGAAUGAAUUGUUUAGCUGGGCAUAGAUAUGCAUUAGAAUUUGAAAAAAUAGGAUUAGACUGUCUUUUUCAAAACUACCUUGCAAUCUUGUGC